UUUUUUCAUCCUUACAAGGUUGCGGUGGUAGACGCACUACCACCCUACUGCCAAGGCAGCCUGGAUCAUAUCACAGAACCUCGAUAGGGCCAGAGAUCAGAGAAGAGAAGAGAAGAGUUUGUUCCACCACACACCUACUGGAAACCUUAACAGCCAGGUGACACCACACACCUACUGGAGUUCUCAACAGCUAGGUGACAACCACAGCCACUGCCUUGACCACACAGAUCAUCUAGAGCUCUCCAGUUGACUGGCCCAGAGCUCCACUUGAAUCUUGGAUCUUGAACUUGAAAGCUCUCCAGUUGCAGGCCCAGAGCUCCAGCCUUGUACCCCAGAGACUCCCUGCACCACAGGGGGGGUCUACACACCACCAAGGUGCGGAUGGGUUUUGGUAAACCAGGGCCCUUCCUGGUGGGGUGACCGGGAUUCGAACCCAGGAUCUCUCGAAGCCUUAACGAAAUCGGCUUGAGUGUCUUAACCAUUUAGACGACCCCCCAGCCUGCUAAGCAGACGUCGGAGCAUGUGGUUCGGGAGGUGAUCAGCGAGCUGCGCAGGGUUCGUGGGCUAGGCCACGUGAGCGGGCACGCGAGGUCAUCAGCCCGCUCCACGUGGUUUUCAAGGCAGACGGCGACCUCCGGCCCAUCAUCGACCCCACCAAGUCCGGCGUCAACGCGUGCAUGGCCCCUCUUCCUUGCCCCCUUCCCACCCUAUCCACCAUCCUUCAGGACUUGCCCAGAGGCGGUGCCCUCGGCAAACGCGACGUCGCCUCCGCCUUCCACCACAUCAUCCUGGACCCAUCCGCCCGCCGCUACAUGGCCUUCCGCCACCCCGUCACCAACGCCAUCCAGCGGUGGGUGGUGCUGCCCUUCGGCGCAAGCCAAAGCCCCGCCAUCUGGGUGGAGCUGGCAACAGCGGCCUGCGCCAUUUUCCAGGCCGAGUGCGACUGUCGCGGCCUCAACAUCAAGAUCCACGUCUAUGCCGACGACUUCAUGCUGCUGGGCGCCACGCACGCCGACAUCACGGCGGCGUUUGAGGUGAUGGACACUCUGGGAGCGGAGCUAGGCCUUGAGUGGAAGGCGUCCAAGGACGUAGGCCGGGACCAGCACCUGCAGCAGCUAGAUUUCUUGGGCAUGUGUUUCGACACCGUGCGGAUGGAGAUGCGUAUCUCACCUGAGAAACGAGCUCGCUACGCCUCCGCCGCACAAGACCUCCUCGCCGCCGCCGGAGUGGGCCCCGUCAGCACUACCGACCUACUGUCCGUAACCGGCAAACUGGCCUUCAUCGCCCAAGCUUGCCGAUGGGGACCGUCCUUCCUGCAAGGGCUGUACGACUCCGUCCCACCGCCGUCACACCGUCCGUCCCGCCGCACCACCAUCACCACCGAGGGCAUUGACGACCUGCGCUUCUGGUGCGACCUCCUUGACUCCUCCACCUCGCCUUGGGACGGUGUCCGCCGAUGCGUCGUUGCAGACCUGGACGUGGUAUUGGGGGAAUAUCAGGGCCCCGGAGGGGCGGUGGUCUACACCGACGCCAGCGCGGCGGGAUUCGGCGCAGUUUGGGAGCAGGCGGAGCUACAGGGUGGUUGGCAGCCGGACGAGCGGGGCGUCCACAUUGCGUGGCUAGAGCUGAAAGCCAUCGUGCGCGCCCUACAGUCAUGGGCGCCGCGCCUGGCAGGCCGGCGGGUGCUGGUGAGGUGCGACAACACGCAGGCAGUAGCGGCGCUGAACAGAGGUUCCACCCGCGUGCGUGACGGCCGCGGCCUCAUGAGGCAGGUGGCCGCGUUGGCGCUGCAGCACGAUUUCCAGCUGCGGGCACUGCACAUCGCGGGAGUGGACAACGGUCGUGCGGAUCGGCUCAGCCGGCAGCUGGCGGCGGCGGAGGAGCAGAACCUGUCGCUGGUGCACAGCGUGUACCGCCAGGCAUGCCGCCGCGCCCGCCUGGAGCCGGAGGUGGAUUGUUGUUGCGACGUCCUGGGCCUGAACCGUCAGCCCGGCUGCCAUACCUUCUUCAGCCCUGCAGCGUCAGUGCUGGACCACGCGGAGCAGCUAGCGGGGCGCGCCGUGUGGGCCUUCCCGCCACACAGCAUCGCGGGGGAAGUUUUGGGCCUUCUGGCGGGCUUGAGGGACACGGGCACACGGGCGCUAGUGCUGGUGCCGGACUGGCGGGACCGGGGCUGGUACCGGGUGUGGUUGGCGGCAGCUGCAUAUCCUGGCGGCGUGUUCGUGUGCCGGCGCUGCCUGCUGGCCGAGGCUCAGCUGGGCGGCAUUCCGGACGCAGCGCUGGAGGAAUUGGCCGCAAAGGCGGUGGCGGCGGCAGGCAACGCAGUCGCCGACUCCUCGGCGGAGACGUACCUCUCCCACCGCCGCCGCCUGACGCAGUUCGCGGAGCAGGUGCUACGGCUCCCGGCGCAGCAGGUGUUCCCUCGGGGCCCGGGCGCGGACAUCAACCGCGCCCACGUCUGCCUGUUCCUGGCUUGGGCAGUGCGCCGCUACGCCAUCAGCACCAUCAACGGGUCUACGGCGGAGCGGGCGCAGGACUCCUGCUGGCUGGUGCUCGGCUUCUUCGGCAUGCUACGGCGCAGUGAGCUGGCAGGGCUUCAGCUGCGAGACGUGCGGGAGGUGCCCGGCGGCGGAGUGGAGCUUUUCAUCCGGCGCAGCAAGACAGAUCAGCGGGGAUGCGGGGCAGCGGGCGGGCGCGGCUUUACCCCCCACAUCUCUUCGGCGCCCGCCCCGUGCGGCCAUGGGUUUGAGAACUAGGGAGGGGGUGUGGGGGGUAGUGCGAGAAGGAGGGGGGAUAGACGUGUGGCGUAGUUUGCAGUGUGGCGGUGAGCAGUAAAGCAGUUACGGAUGGGCUGGGGGUUGAGAAGAGCAGUCGGUACAGGUUGGGAGAGAGACACGAACCCAGACAGGAUAUGGCCGAGCUGAGGCCACUAGCGGCUUCAAGCCUUACUUGUGAAAUGUUGACGUGGACGCGUGAUCGUGCCUCAACGCUGUCUUUAACCUCAGGCCA